AUGGAGGAAGAGGGCGCCCCGGCGCUGCGCGUGAUCCGGAGCUCCAUCGACGCGCUGGGGCGAGGGUUCGAUGCCACCCACGACACCAGGCUGCUCUACUGCAAGGGGUCUCGCCUCGUCGGCGUCGACGACGGCGAGCUGAGCUCCAGGGAUCUGGUCAUGCCUGACGGGCUCACUGUCCCCGGUGUGCCCAAGGAUGUUGACUGCUCCGGUGAGAGUGGGGUUGGUGUACCGGAGACCGCUGGCCCGUGCGCCUUCCACGAGAUGGCUGGGUAUUUCAAUAAAAAAGCCCAGCUUGCAGGAGAUAUACCUCUUGGAAGCUUUAAUUCAGCAUAUAGCUUUACUGGAUCCAAGAGAUUUGAUGCCAUGGCUACCAAAAGUCUCGGGAUGGAGGGCAAGACCAUUCCUUUAUAUAAGGUCCAACUUGUGCGACAGCCUUUGUCAGUGGUAGAGGAAGUUAAGCAUGCAGUGCCUCACUCAUGGGAACCAUCAUCUCUCGCAAGGUUCAUUCAGAAUUAUGGAACGCAUGUCAUAACAUCCAUUACCAUUGGCGGGAAGGAUUUGAUUUACAUCAAGCAGCAUCCGUCAUCAUCACUUUCCGUGGUGGAAAUUAAAAAUUAUAUACACGAUCUUGGACAUCAGAGGUUUACUGAAAAUGAAAUCCAUACAGGCUCAGGCCCUAUAAGAUCAAUGAAUAAGGAAAGAGAAAAUCUUGGGUUCAACAGCCAAGGAGUAUAUCCACAACCUCCAAGCACACCAUAUAUUGCAGCAAAAGAGGAUGUCACUGUGAUUUUCAGAAGGAGAGGAGGAGAUGAUUUAGUUCAAAGUCAUUCUGAGUGGGCAAGAACUGUUAACUCAGCGCCUGAUGUUAUACAUAUGACCCUUUUCCCUCUAACGACUCUGUUGGAAGCAGCCAUCCCUGGAAAAGACCAUCUCAUCCGGGCGAUCAACCUUUAUCUAGAAUAUAAACCUCCAAUUGAGGAGCUGCGUUACUUCCUAGAGUUCCAGCUUCCCAGAGUUUGGGCACCAAUUCGUGAUGAGCACCCUCUCCAUCAAAGGAAAGAGCCUGUGUGCCCAUCCUUGCAGUUCAGCUUGAUGGGGAAAAAGCUGUACAUCAGCCAAGAACAGGUGUCAGUGGGUCGCAAGCCAAUAACUGGCCUAAGGUUAUGCUUGGAAGGUGCUAAGCAGGACAGGCUAUGCAUCCAACUGCAGCAUCUAGCAUCUCUUCCAAAGAUCCUCAAGCCUUACUGGGAUGCACACAUCACGAUUGGUGCAGCGAAAUGGCAGGGGCCGGAGGAGCAGGACAGCCGCUGGUUCGAGCCUGUGAAGUGGAAUAGCUUCUCCCACGUCAGCACAGCUCCAGUUGAGCACCACGAGGUGCUCAUCGGGGAUGCCUCCGGCGUGUACAUUGUCACUGGGGCACAGCUCGGGGUGUGGGACUUUGGUUUGAAGAACGUCCUGUACAUGAAGCUUCUCUACUCGAGGGUCCCCGGUUGCACCACCCGGAGAUCGCUGUGGGAUCACAGCCCUGCCGCCGCCAGCAGCCAUCCAACAGUUGGUCCUUCUAACAUCAUGUAUCUGGACCCGGGGGGUUCUGGCGUAGGCUCGAGCGAUGCAGGGAAGUUCGUGAAGAUCGUGGACAGGUCGGAGCUGUGCAAAGGCCCUGACGACAUGCCGGGGCACUGGCUGGUGACGGGCGGGAAGCUUGGUGUUGAAAAGGGGAGGAUUGUUCUGAGAGUGAAGUAUUCCUUGUUGAAUUACUGA